CAGACUUACAAUAUACAUCAUCAGCAAGUAAUUAAAUACAAUAUUACAAAUCAACUUGAUCUAUCAUAACAUGUUGUGUUUCCAUCUUCUCGGCCGGACAAGAAUAUCACUAUAUAUAUUUCAUAAUUCCCAAAAUUCUAACAUAUUCUCCCUCAGUCUCUUCUUGUGUCUUCAUACGAAAACAUCAAACCAAGAACCCGCAUAUAGUGAAUCAAGAACAUAUAUAUAUAGCAUAACUCAAACACCAUAAGGAUCAUUGGUGCUAGUCAUGGAGAAUGAGAUAGGCAAGAAAGGAUCGCCAUCAAUGUCGAGAAACUCAUCGAUCGGAUACUACUAUCAGCGGAGGUCGGAGGGUGUACCGUUCAAGUGGGAAAUGCAGCCAGGUACUCCAAUUAAUACUCAGACCACGGAGAUGAUUCCUCCUCUCAGUCCUCCCCCGGCGAUGCUCAGCCUCGGCUUCCCAAAGCCAUCCAUCUCGGUCGAAGAGCCAAAGCACUCUGUGUUUCCAGCGAAGCUUAAGUUGCGGAAAUGGAAAUAUAUUCGUUGCAGGAAAUAUUUCUCUAGAUUGGCUAACAAAAUGGUUUUGCCUUCGAUUCGUUUGUACCCUGAGAAACGGUAG